CUAGCAUCAUCUUUACCUGAUGCUUAUCAAUAUAUGCUUCUCCAAAGGCCAGAACAGAUUCCUCAGCUCAGUGAUAAAUUAUGUGUGACACAUACAUUGCAUUUUAACAAUAAAAACACUGAUGCCUCCUGAAGACACCCUAUUCUCCCUCCUGAAGAACAGUGUGCAAGAACAACCCCAUGGAACAGAGGAACCAGAGUGAGAGAGUCACUGAGUUUGUGUUGUUAGGCUUUCCAGCUCCUGAGCCACUGCGGGCACUGUUAUUUGCCCUUUCUCUGUUGGCCUAUGUGUUGGUGCUAACUGAGAACACACUCAUCAUUAUGGCAAUUAGGAGCCACCCUGCCCUUCACAAACCCAUGUACUUCUUUCUGGCUAAUAUGUCCUUCCUGGAGAUCUGGUAUGUUACUGUCACUAUUCCCAAAAUGCUAGCUGGCUUUGUUGGGUCCAAACAGAGCCAUGGACAACGAAUCUCCUUUGAAGGCUGCAUGACACAGCUCUACUUUUUCCUGGGUCUGGGCUGCACUGAGUGUGUCCUUCUUGCUGUUAUGGCCUAUGACCGCUAUGUGGCCAUCUGCCACCCCCUCCACUACCCUGUCAUUGUCAGUGGCCAACUGUGUGUACAGCUGGCAGCUGGCUCCUGGGCUGGAGGUUUUGGCAUUUCCAUGGUUAAAGUUUUUCUCAUUUCUCGCCUCUCUUACUGUGGCCCCAACAUCAUCAACCACUUCUUCUGUGAUGUCUCCCCAUUGCUCAACCUUUCAUGUACUGACAUGUCCACAGCAGAACUUACAGACUUUGUUCUGGCCAUCUUCAUCCUGCUGGGACCACUCUCUGUCACUGGGGCCUCCUACAUUGCCAUCACUGGUGCUGUGAUGCGCAUUCCCUCAGCUGCUGGGCGCCAUAAAGCCUUUUCCACCUGUGCCUCUCAUCUGACUGUGGUGGUCAUCUUCUACGCAGCCAGUAUUUUCAUCUACGCCCGGCCAAAAGCACUUUCAGCUUUUGACACUAACAAGCUUGUCUCAGUACUCUAUGCUGUCAUUGUACCAUUGCUCAACCCUAUAAUUUACUGCUUACGCAACCAAGAGGUCAAGAGAGCUCUACGCCAUACUCUACACUUUUAUCAGGGCCAGGAUACUAAGCCUGGGAAAGCUAACAGAGAUGGGUAGAAGGGAGGUGUUUAAGUCUUAGAAAUGUUCCUAAGCUUAGGAUCCAUGUCUUCUAUGAAGUCCAGAGGAGCUGUUAGGGCCUAAAUUAGGGAGUAGAAUAUCAAAGGCAACACCGAGGAACUAGUCCAAGAGGAGGAAGAGGGAUUGAAAGCUAGUAGCUAGCAGCUGGAUUUCUAUUGGAUUUACACAGAAAGUGUUUAUGCGUCAUGCAUCCUGGUCGGGUAGAAAAGGUUGACUGAGCAGAAGACAUGACUAAACUUUAAUAUUUAAACAAACAAACAAAUGCAGAACUGGCAUCUCUCUGCAUGGCCUUUCCUGGGCUUGCUCUUGAUGUUAGUUCUAAAGCAGGUGUAGAAAAAAGAAGCAGAAGGAGGAAGCCAUUCAGAGAAGCUCAGGCUUCAUCAUGGAAAAGCAUCAGGAGACUCUGGAUGAGAUCUCUUCUAGCCACAGGCCACCAGCUACAGCCCAUGAGGUAACACAGACCAGGAAGUAAUCAUUCUGGUGUGAAUUACAAGGCAAGGAGAUGGGAAACUAAUGUUUGUGUUGGCAACAUAUCGCGUCCUGGGCUGCAGGGGUUUUAGCUUCAUUUCCUGAUUUACUGCAGUCAGUGUACACACUGAACUAGUGGCUGAGUGUGGAUGUUGAUUUAAUUUCGUGUCUCUAAUUAGAUGGCAAACUCCAUGGAGGCAAGGAUCACAUUUUCUUAUCCAUCAUUUAUUACCAUGACCCAGGACAGUGUUCUAGCACAUGUGGCUAUGAAGAAACACAAAUAAUGAAUACAAUUUGGAGCCACGUAGGCAAGGCAUGUGUGUCACACCUACAGAUAGGAUCGGCAGGUGCAGAAACUAAACCCUCAUGUGUCACUAGAAUAUGGGAAGGUACAAAUUGGCUUAGCCUUGCUGGAAGGAAACUUGUGAGUUUGUAUCAUGAACACUAAAAA